CGUCUGAGAGAUAAUAUAGAGAAUGAGAACCACACCAGACCUUUUUCUUUUAACUUUUCCUAAACAAAUUCUGAAAUUAAAUAGCACAAGAAAAUAAAAAGAGAAAAAGGAGGGACCUUAUGUAUGAGGUUAUAAAAUGGCAAGCUAAGUUGAUAUCCAAAACUAGGCCGCCUAAGCUCUUGUUUGGUACCCGAGAGUCUCCGCCUCUGUUUCCAACCUCUGUCACAUGUAGCAGAGGGAGUUUUGAUAUCUGCAAUAAGAAGAGAGAUGGCAAGAAAUGAGUGGAUCAACAGUUACCUGGAAGCUAUUCUUGAUGUUGGAACUAGCAACAAAAAGAGGUUUGAGAGCAACUCCAAGAUCGUCCAGAAGCUUGGAGAUAUGAAUAGAAAGGAACCUCAAGAGAAGGUGUUUAGUCCCAUCAAGUACUUUGUGGAAGAGGUUGUCAACAGCUUCGAUGAGUCUGACCUGUAUAAAACAUGGAUUAAGGUGAUAGCAACAAGGAACACUCGUGAACGUAGCAACAGGCUUGAGAAUAUAUGCUGGCGUAUAUGGCAUCUUGCACGCAAGAAGAAGCAGAUUGUGUGGGAUGAUGGGAUAAGACUUUCGAAACGAAGAGAUGAACGUGAAAAAGGACGCAAUGAUGCAGAAGAGGAUCUUUCCGAGCUUUCUGAAGGAGAGAAGGAGAAGAGUGACGCUGUUACGACUCUCGAGCCACCCCGAGAUCAGAUGCCUCGUAUCCGCUCUGAAAUGCAGAUUUGGUCUGAAGAUGAUAAAUCUAGUCGAAACCUUUACAUUGUCUUAAUCAGGCAAGUACAAGUUGGUUUAUAUGACUUUAUUUGUAUUGUCAAGAUGCUUACCAGGUGCCUGCCUCUCUGCAGUAUGCAUGGACUAGUGCGCGGAGAAAACAUGGAGCUUGGCAGAGACUCAGAUACUGGCGGCCAGGUGAAAUAUGUUGUUGAGCUUGCUCGCGCUUUGGCCAACACGGAAGGGGUCCACAGGGUCGACCUCUUAACACGGCAAAUCAGUUCACCAGAGGUUGACUCAAGCUAUGGAGAGCCAGUUGAGAUGUUAUCAUGCCCUCCAGAAGGUAGCGGAAGCUGUGGUUCCUACAUUAUCCGCAUCCCCUGCGGUUCUCGAGACAAGUACAUACCAAAGGAGUCACUCUGGCCUCAUAUUCACGAGUUUGUUGAUGGGGCGCUUAAUCACAUAGUGGACAUAGCAAGGUCUCUCGGAGAGCAAGUGAAUGGAGGGAAGCCAAUCUGGCCUUAUGUAAUCCAUGGCCACUAUGCAGAUGCAGGAGAAGUAGCUGCACAUUUGGCAGGAACGUUGAAUGUGCCGAUGGUGCUAACCGGCCACUCUUUGGGAAGGAACAAGUUUGAGCAGUUGCUUAAACAAGGGAGAAUUACGAGAGAGGAUAUCAACAAAACAUACAAGAUCAUGAGGAGGAUUGAAGCUGAAGAGCUGAGCUUAGAUGCAGCAGAGAUGGUGGUGACAAGCACACGGCAAGAGAUUGAGGCGCAGUGGGGACUGUAUGACGGGUUUGAUAUCAAGCUUGAGAGGAAGCUCAGGGUUAGAAGACGGCGUGGCGUCAGCUGCUUUGGUCGAUACAUGCCCCGAAUGGUGGUUAUACCACCAGGCAUGGAUUUCAGUUACGUCUUGACACAAGAUUCACAAGAUGCUGAUGCAGAUCUCAAGUCGCUAAUUGGCCCUGACCGAAACCAGAUUAAAAAGCCUGUACCUCCAAUAUGGUCUGAGAUAAUGCGGUUUUUCACAAAUCCUCAUAAGCCAACCAUACUUGCGCUGUCUCGACCAGACCCCAAGAAAAACGUCACCACAUUGCUCAAAGCUUUUGGUGAAUGUCAGCCUCUUCGAGAACUAGCCAACUUGACACUCAUACUAGGAAACCGAGAUGACAUUGAAGAGAUGUCUAAUAGCAGUUCAGUUGUUCUCAUGAGUGUCCUAAAGCUGAUAGACCAGUAUGACUUGUACGGCCAAGUAGCUUAUCCCAAGCAUCACAAACAAUCUGAAGUUCCAGAUAUUUAUCGUUUAGCAGCCAAAACAAAGGGAGUUUUCAUUAAUCCAGCUCUGGUAGAGCCGUUUGGUCUCACGCUCAUUGAGGCAGCUGCUUAUGGUCUGCCCAUUGUUGCCACCAAAAAUGGCGGGCCUGUUGAUAUCGUCAAGGCACUAAACAAUGGUCUCCUAGUCGACCCACAUGAUCAACAAGCCAUUUCUGAUGCCCUUCUAAAGCUCGUAGCUAACAAACAUCUCUGGGCUGAGUGCAGAAAGAACGGUCUCAAGAACAUCCACCGUUUCUCAUGGCCAGAGCACUGCCGUAACUACCUUUCCCAUGUUGAACACUGCAGAAACCGACACCCAACCAGUAGUCUCGACAUAAUGAAAGUUCCAGAAGAGCCUAUAAGUGAUUCUCUAGGUGAUGUCGAUGACAUAUCUUUGAGAUUCUCCAUGGAUGGAGAUUUCAAGCUCAAUGGGGAACUAGAUGCAAGCACUAGACAGAGGAAACUUGUCAACGCCAUAAGUCAAAUGAAUUCUAUGAAGGGUGGCCCAUCUGCUCUCUACAGCCCUGGCAGAAGGCAGAUGCUCUUUGUGAUUACUGUUGAUUCCUACGAUGACAACGGAGACACCAAAGCGAAUUUGGAAGAUGUCAUCAAGAAUGUGAUGAAAACUGCAGGUUUGACAUCGGGCAAAGGAAAAAUAGGCUUCGUCCUGGCAACAGGUUCAAGCGUGCAAGAAGUUGUGGAGAUGACAAAGAAAUACCUUAUUAAUUUGGAAGAAUUUGACGCAAUAGUUUGUAACAGCGGAAGUGAGAUCUACUAUCCAUGGAGAGAUAUGGAGGUUGAUGCAGACUAUGAAGCUCAUGUGGAAUACAAAUGGCCUGGUGAAAGUCUAAGGUCAGUGAUUCUGAGACUAGCUUGUACAGAACCUGAAACAGAAGACGAUAUCACAGAGUAUACAAGCGCAUGCAGUACUAGGUGCUAUGCAAUUUCUGUCAAACAAGGAGUCGAGACUCGAAGAGUUGAUGACCUUAGGCAGAGGCUUCGGAUGAGAGGUUUAAGGUGCAACAUUGUCUAUACACAUGCUGCGACAAGGAUAAAUGUUAUACCACUAUGUGCAUCAAGAUUGCAAGCAGUCAGGUACCUUUCGAUAAGGUGGGGAAUUGACAUGACGAAGUCUGUUUUGUUUGUGGGAGAGAAGGGAGACACAGACUAUGAAGACUUGCUGGGUGGUCUCCACAAAACCAUCAUCCUAAAAGGUGCAGUGGGAUCUGACAGUGAGAAGCUUCUUCGAAGUGACGAAAACUUCAAAAGAGAAGACGUUGUUCCACGAGACAGCCCUAACAUUUCCUAUGUCGAAGAGAAUGGUGGACCUCCGGAAAUGUUAUCCACUCUAGAGGCCUAUGGGAUCAAAUAAUCUGUGUUUCUUUAUUAUGCUUUAUUAUCUCAGUUCAUAUACUAAUGGGAUAAUAACGACGCUCUGUAAGAUGUUAUAUAUAUAUUGCAAUAAAAUAAGCAUGUACAGCUUGUUCCUAGUUC